CCACCCCAUUCCAAUAUUCACACCAGAUCUGACUGACCCACAUUCUUUCUUUCAGUAAAAUAAAAAAAAAUAUUGCCUUUAUAUACGUAACAGUACAGCCCCUCUAAAAGCUCUAAUCUCCAUUUCCCAGCAGCCUUUCCUUGAGAAAGCCAAACGACAAAGAAUAAACUGGCUUCUUUGCUCUAGAGAAAACCCAGAAAAAACAUCUCUUCUUAGCUCUGUGGGUGUUCGUACUCCAGUUAUUUGAUACACAGAAAGGUGGGAGAUAAUGGUGGGUAUUGGGUUAUGGGUCCAUUCUAGUUUUUUUUUCAUUUCUUAUUACCCUCAAUAGUAUACGCUGUGUGCCUUGAUCACUGGAAUCCAAAAAAGUUAAUCAUUUUAUACCAAUGCACAUCAGUCAUCAAACAAAUGAUUUCCUAGACCUCUGUCUCCUAUCUUCUCUUCUGUCUGAGUUCCCCAUUUCCCCGAGAAAUAGAAGGUACAAUCUUAUUCCACGGUAAAUCAUCCUCAGCCGUGUCCACUUCAUUCACAAGGAAACUCCGUGAAAGUUUUGAAGGCACAAACUGGUGAAUUCACAAAGGUCGAACAGAGAUUUCAAUUUUCUUGUGUUUCAGCUUCCAGGAAAGAAACAAACAUGUCUGCAAAGUUUAUAUCUUCUUUAACAGACGAGAACCCGGAUCUGCGGAAGCAAAUCGGGUGCAUGACGGGGAUAUUUCAGCUCUUUGAUCGCCAUCAUUCCCUAGCUGGCCGGCGAAUGAGCAGCCACAAUCACAAAAGGCUACUUCAAGGUGCCAACCACGACAUUGACCCCAAAUAUCCAACAAAAACUGCAACAGUAAGGGAAAAAAAUCUGAAGAAGGUGCCAAAAGAGAAACCAAGAAUCUCCAGCAAAAUAUACCAGGCAUCAGAUUCAUCUUCCUCUGGUCCAUUCACCGGAUGUAAUAAAACAGCUCAACAGAAAGCAGUUUCAUCCAAUCAAAGCAAUAUUCCUGAAACUCCAUCUCAAACCAUCAUAACGAAAGAACAGAAAAAUUCAUUUCCAGACAUUGUGAAGGACUCUAUGUACAGAGAAACUCGCGGAUUGUCCAUAAGAUCCAAAGCUAAAGAUAGAAGAGGCCAUGAAGUGAAGCACAUCGACUCUCCAAGACCUUUGCAUGGCCUUGGUAAACUCCAAGAAGGAACAAAAAUUUCUAAGAAUGAGAGGCUGGCACUUCCUCGCCUAUCUUAUGAUGAAAGAGAAUCACGAGAUGCAGUGAAGUCUAAAAUUAAUCUAAGAGAAUUCCCAAGGUUAUCAUUGGACAGUAAAGCAGGUUCUAUCAAGAGUUCAGCCCUUGAGACAAAAUGUAAUUUUCUUUCACAGGAUCUGCACGUGGAAAAUGAGAAUUCCAGCCGAGUCUUGAACCACGAAGAGGGAAGUAACAAACGACUGUCCAAUGUUGUGGCAAAGCUAAUGGGUUUGGAAGCUUUUCCGAAUAUAAUGUCAACUGAUGGGAGUACGAUGAUAAAGAUUAACUCAUGUCUUAUCGAUGGCAGUGUCCGAAGAUCAUCAAAAGCAGCUAACGAAGGCAAGUCAAGUCAAAUUUCUUGUUUACCAGAUGUGUCUCGAAAGGAACCUGCCUCGCCCCGAUUGGUUGCCAAUCCUGCUGACAAAGCAAUUUCGAAUCCAAGGUUUCCAUUGGAACCAGCUCCAUGGAAGCAACAAGAUAUCAGUCAAGGUUCUGAAAAAAGAGCUCUGAAAGGUAUGAAAGCUUCCACAGAUAUAUCAAAUAUAUCCUCUUCUGUUUUCGGUGAAAUUGAGAAAAGGAUAACAGAACUUGAAUUCAAGAAGUCUGGGAAGGAUCUCAGAGCUCUCAAACAGAUACUUGAAGCUAUGCAGAAAACUAAAAAUAGAUUGGAGAACCAAAAAGAAGUGCGUGAAUUUGCAUCUCAAACCAGCAUAUCUAAUUUGGUAAUUAGAAGCUCCAAUCAAGAUUCUAGAUUGUCAAUGUGGAAGGAUCAACAGAAUGUUCGCCAAUUCCCAACCAGCAAAGGGACAAUUCCAACAAAGAGAUCAGAAUCUUCAACGGCUAACAUGAAACCAGCUAGAGCGAGUGACAAAGUCAGGAUUUCAAGAUCCUCUUCGGUCUCCACUAUGGAAAUAUCACAUUUGCAAACACUCCGACAGCGAGACUCUACUCGUAACAGAGAAAAUUCAGUUCAAAGACAAACGACAGAAGAUCUUGUGCGGAGGAGAAAAUAUCUCAAAGAACCUAGUUGGGUUCUUCCAUCAGCUGACAAUAAGAAUAAUUCAGGAGGUUUAAAAGUAGAUCAAACCUCAAAAUCAGCUCCUCACAUUAAGGUCGAAAAUAUCAGUACUUCUGGAAGGAGUUCGGGAAUGUUGAGCCCACGAUCACAACAGAAGAAGCACGCAACUGAUAGACAAUAUCAUCCCACCACUCCAUCUUCAGAUUCAGGCAGGGUCAGAAACCCGUGCAGUACGCAAUUUGAAGGAUUAGGCUACUCGAAUAGAAAACUCAAACCAAAAUCAACCAAUUUGUACCAAGUUGAUACGGCUUCAGUAAAGUCAGAAAGCAACAAUAGCCUGGAAUCACAGAUCGAAACAGAAGUUACAAGCUUGGUUCAAUUGAUCGAGAUGAAUGAUAAACAACACAAGGAACCUAAAUUUAGAAAUCCUGAAGCAAGGUUGAAAGAAUGCACGCCAUCAAAAGUAGAACUCGCAACAACUACAAUGGAACAACCAAGUCCGGUCUCAGUUCUUGAUGCAACAUUUUUUGGAGAUGAAUCACCAUCUCCCGUGAAGAAGAUAUUAACUACUUUUAAAGAGGAUGAUGGUCCAAGUCCAGAUGAAGAAGAUAUUGAGCAGUUAGCUUAUAUUCUUAGAUCAUUGAACACCACUCCUGAUGAUGUUGCUACAUAUCACAAUCCAUCUGUCUAUGAGAGCUCCAAUCCAGAUCAGCAAUAUAUUUUUAAGAUAUUAUUGGCAUCAGGACUCCUCAACGAUGAUAGUUACGUUCCAAUGGCCAACCAGCUCCACUCAUCAUGCAAUGUGAUCAACCCCAACUUGUUCUGUGUCCUAGAACAAAUGGAGAAAAGGAUAGAGUUGGCAGAUGAAGAGUUCAAUGAAGCAAAUACUCAGUUAAACAUAAACCAGAAAAUGCACAGGAAAAUUGUUUUCGAUACAGUCAAUGAAUUACUUGUCCGCAAAUUUUCUUCAGAGGGAUCAAUUGUGUCAGGAAGAAAAAGCUUGAACCAACAGGAGCUUCUAAAAGCACUACAAUUAGAGGUGGACUGUCUACAGAGGAAGCCAGGUUGCUGCCUUGAUGAAAAGGUUGAUGGAUUGGACAGAAUCAUAGCAGCAGAUAUGAUGCAUCGAUCAGCAGAUUGGACAAAUUACAUUGGUGAGAUUCCAGCUUUGGUGUUAGACAUUGAGCGCCUAAUCUUUAAAGACCUGAUUGAUGAGGUAACCAUGAUUAAAGUUAACGGUCUGCAUGAUUGGCCACAGAGGCAUUGCAGGAAACUGUUUACCAAGUAGUUUUGACUGUUUCUCUCUUUGGAUAUGCAUGCUGUUCCUCCUAGUGUAAAAGGCGACAUUUAACAUAUGAUACAUAUAGUAAUAUCUCUUCUAUAUUUGAUACUGCAUAUUUGUUAUUACAUCAUCUACAUAAUCCUUUCCUCCA